AACGUUCCAUUCAUUUUUAAUUUGGAGCAUUUUUCUAUAUCAUGCGGGUCUCUUCACACCCAUUGAGAAACCUAUCUUGCAUCCUCGUCGUUAUUAAAAAACGAGUUUUUCUGACACAAAUAAAAUAAAUCAAUGUUUCCUUUUGGAAAUCAUUUAAUUUUGAAAUAUAAAGAAUGUUAAAUACGCAUUUAAGUUUAUAAAAGCAAAUAAAAAACUGGGUUAGAGGAUCUGUUUAUAUUAAGAUGUAAUAAAGGCUAAAUCAAAUUAGAAAUUGAGUAAUCAAAUUGACGAAAAUUUUAGUACAUAAACACAAGGAUAUGAUGGAGACAGGAGAAGUGGAGGAAAUAGUGAUAAAAUGUGAAGUCAUUGAGAUUUCUGACGAGGAAGAUACCGACCAACCGAAGAAGAAGAAACGAGUAAGAAAACGCUCAGUGCCAAAAGAGAGAUCAAAUUGUGAACACUGCUCAAAAACGUUUGCUACCCGCUAUGAGUUAAAAAAACACAUCCGCACUCACACCGGAGAACGUCCUUAUAUGUGUCCAAUAUGUGGAAAGACUUACACACAGCUAGGCCAUCUCAGCAUCCACCAGCUAUCUCAUGAAGGAAUAAAGAACUUCAAUUGUUCUGAGUGUGGUGCUUCGUUCUACAGAAAGGCAGACUUAGACCGUCAUGAGAAAAUCCACCUCGGAAUCAAGCCUCAUGUAUGUGAAAUUUGUUCAAAAAGUUUUACACAGAAGAAUAACCUUGUCAUGCAUGUUAAAAUGCAUAUUGGUGAUAGAGCUCAUGUGUGUGAAAUUUGUAAAAAAGGUUUUAUUACAAGAAGCAAAUUGAUGCUACAUUCAAAAAGGCAUGAGAAAACGAAAAAAGUAAAAAAUGAAAUUGAUAUGAUUGGGCACGAUAUCGAUUAAAUGUACUUUAAGUAAUUUUAAUUUAAUUUUAAUGUAAGUUACAUUUAUUUUAAGGUGGUUACGACUGGUUGUAGGAAAUCUUAUGUAUAAAAACCGGCCAAGUGCGAGUCGGACUCUCGCACGAAGGGUUCCGUACCAGAGCAAAACUUAGCAAAAAAAUAACGUUUGUUGUAUGGGAGCCCCAAUAUUUAUUUUAUUCUAGUUUUCAGUAUUUGUUGUUAUAGCGGCAACAGAAAUACAUCAUCUGUGAAAAUUUCAACUCUCUUACUAUCACGGUUCAUGAGAUACGGCCUGGUGACUUACGGACGGACAGAGAAGCGAAAACAAUAGGGUCCCGUUUUACCCUUUGGGUACGGAACCCUAAAAAUAAAUUUAUUUUCAUUUGUCUCACUAAAACUCGAGAAUGGCUGCACCGAUUUGGCUUAUUGUGGUUCCAAAUUCAUCCGUACAGUCAACUUCAGGUCAGUGGUAACAGUUUUAUAGGAAUAUCGUACUUAUUACUAUUGAGUUAAGGUGCAUGACAGUUACCACUGAUGUGCGGUCUACUGUACAAUCUUCGUAAUUGUAAGUCGAGUGUGUUUUUAUAAAUAAAAAUAAUUAAUGAAAACAUUCCAUAAAA